CAAAGUCCGCAUAAGCAAACAGCGGCGCGCACAGUAGCAUGGCGCAUUUGGCUGGUUGCGGGUCGUUGUUGCGGCCGUAUUGGUCUGCGCUAUGUUUUUGUCCAUAUGUAAAUGUGCUACGGCCGUCUGCUGUCAUGGUGCAGACAGCGCUUCGUGCACAAGCAAAACGGCAUUGUCUUCUAACAGGCUGCGUGGUUGAAUGCGGAGCGGGUCGCCGCUACAACUCUACCAGCUCCGAGGCCAAACACAGCGGUGGAGACGACCUGAGCGUUAGGUAUCUGGAUGGAGAGGACUCAGGAAUCGUGGUAGUUGGAAUAAAUAGGCCGAAAGCAAAAAAUGCAAUCAGCAAAAAUCUUGUGAAAAUGAUGAGUGAAACGGUGGAAAACGUGAGAGGAAACAAAAGCAUUAGAACAGUAAUUCUCUGCAGUUUAGUGCCUGGGAUAUUCUGUGCAGGAGCUGAUCUCAAAGAAAGAUCAAAGAUGCACCCUAGUGAAGUGGGACCAUUUGUAUCAAAAGCCAGAGCUUUAAUAAAUGAAAUUGGUACUCUUCCUGUGCCAACAAUUGCUGCAAUAGAUGGUGUUGCCUUAGGAGGAGGCCUAGAAAUGGCAUUGGCUUGUGAUAUAAGAAUAGCUGCAAGUACUGCAAAAAUGGGCUUGGUCGAAACAAAGUUGGCUAUUAUUCCAGGAGCAGGUGGAACUCAACGAUUGCCUCGUGUCAUUGGUAUGGCACUUGCCAAAGAACUGAUUUUUUCUGGACGCACAGUAGAUGGAGUAGAGGCAAAGUCACUGGGUUUGGUCAAUCAUGUGGUGGAGCAGAAUGAGGUGGGGGAUGCAGCCUACAGAAGAGCUUUGGACUUAGCACGAGAAUUCAUCCCUCAGGGACCUAUAGCUGUUAGAAUGGCUAAGCUUGCAAUUAACCGUGGAAUUGAGGUUGACUUGGCAACGGGUUUAGCAAUUGAAGAAGCAUGUUAUGCUCAGGUGAUCCCAACAAAGGACAGAAUUGAAGGUCUAAAUGCAUUCAAAGAGAAAAGACCACCACGUUUUAAAGGAGAAUAAAUUUUGUAAUUUUAAACAAAGCUUCAUAUUCCACAAAUGGUGCUGUCAUAUUUAAACAGUACAAUGCAGGUCAUAAAACUGCUAAAGCUUUAAAUAUCUAUAUUCCUCAAUUGUAAAAGGUCAAAUUAAUGAUGUAAGUAUCUGGCACUAGUUUAGGACAAAAGUGUUAAACCAGCAGGAAUGUAAAUAAAUUUUGCAAACUAACAUGAGUUUGCUUUUUGCUGCAUUCCAUAUUUCAUUAAAAAAACAUUUAGGAAUAACAAAUAAAACAUUUAUUUCAAAAUUUAGAAAUAUUUAGAAAAUACAGUUUAUCUUCAUUUUAUUUUAAUAGCUUUCUUUUUAUUUCACCCCCAAUAAUUUACAACAUUCAUAAAGUCCUGUGUUUACCAGAAUUUAUUUCUUUUUGAAAAUUCAUACUUUAGUAAUGUAGCAAAGAAAUGCAAAUGAAAUAAAAUGUAGAUAUAUAAAUAAAGCAAUUUAUCCAUCAUUCAUAACUGCUAAAUUAUUUUUAUGGAAAACAGUAUAAUUAUUAGUGCUUGUGAGCAAUAAUUAUAAUAGUAAUAAUAAAAAGUGUUAAAUAACA